AUGCGUUCAGCUCUUCGGUCCGCCAGCCUGAGGAGUGCCACGAGGGCCACACAGGUCACGAGGGCACUACCUGUCAGCUUUGCCGCUCGCUCUUACAGCGUCAAGGCCGAUGCCGCCUCUGCCCCUAAGCUGCGUCCUCUGGAUGCGUCCAAGCUUACCAUCACCAAGACGCAAAACCCCAAGACCAUCAGCAAGCCUGAGAACCUCGUCUUUGGCAACGAGUUCACCAACCACAUGCUCACCGUUGAGUGGAACAAGCAAGACGGCUGGCUCGACCCCAAGAUCAUUCCCUACCAGAACCUCUCGCUGGACCCGGCGACGUGCGUCUUCCACUACGCCUUUGAGUGCUUCGAGGGUCUCAAGGCCUACAAGGACAAGCAGGGCCAGGUGCGCCUGUUCCGUCCGGACAAGAACAUGAGCCGUCUGAACAGGUCGUCAGCACGCAUCGCACUCCCGACAUUUGAGCCCACGCAGCUCAUCGAGCUCAUCUCCAAGUUUGCCAACCUGGAGAAGGACAUGGUCCCCGACCAGCGCGGCUAUUCACUGUACCUACGCCCGACCAUGAUCGGCACGCAAAAGACGUUGGGUGUCGGCGCCCCCGGCUCCGCCCUGCUGUAUGUCAUUGCCUCGCCUGUGGGCCCCUACUACCCGACCGGGUUCAAGGCCAUCUCGCUCGAGGCCACCGACUACGCCGUGCGCGCCUGGCCCGGCGGCGUCGGCGACAAGAAGCUCGGCGCCAACUACGCCCCCUGCAUCGUUCCCCAGAUCGAGGCCGGCACCCGCGGCUUCCAGCAGAACCUCUGGCUGUUCGGCGAGGAGCAGUACGUCACCGAGGUCGGCACCAUGAACAUGUUCGCCGCCAUCAGAGACCGCGAGACGGGCCAGAAGGAGCUCGUCACCGCCCCAAUCGACGGCACCAUUCUCGAAGGCGUCACCCGCGAUUCCGUCCUCAGCCUGGCCCGCGAGCGUCUCGUCCCCGAGGGUUGGAAGAUAUCCGAGCGCAAGUACACCAUCAAGGAUCUCGCCGACGCUGCCGCCGAGGGCCGCCUCCUCGAGGCUUUUGGCUCCGGUACUGCCGCCAUCGUCAGCCCCAUCCGCAAGAUCUCGUGGCAGGGUAAGCUAAUUGACUGCGGUCUCAAGGAGACCGAGGAAUCGGGCGAAGUUGCUCUCCGUAUGAAGAAUUGGAUGGAGGCUAUCCAGUACGGUGACGAGGAGCACCCCUGGAGCUACGUGACCAAGGCUUAA